UCGAUAGACCCUGCCGAAAACAACGAAGGCAAAACAACACUAAGCAAUAAUCCUUCGAUCUCCGACUUUUACCUGUUUUGUGGCCUUCCCGCGGCGUUGCUGUUGCAAAUACACACAUUUUCCGGCAGCCAGAGGCCGCGUGCAGUUGGCAAACACCAAAAACGGCCAUCAACUGGCAAAAAAACCAUCAAACCAUCGCGCCAUCGCGUUUAUCGAAAGCAGAUCGCGCUCGUCACUAGAGAGCAACUAAAUAAGUGUUGAAUUUCAUAGAAUUGCGUUGUAUUUGGCUGGCCGAAAAGUUGGCAAAAACCAGCAGCCAUCUCGAGGACUUGGUGCAGUGUUUUUGCGGCACACCAUUCCAAAGAAUCACGCGCACUAUUUGGCGCUACUUUCGGCGAAUUGCAAUUUUUGCGCAAGCCCUUUUUUUUUUGCCUGCCCACAAGACACUUUUCACAAUAGCAACAACAAGGCAGCGAAAAACGUGCUAAGGCAGGCAUUCUUUGUUGUUGCACGAGCUUCCGGGGAGAAGGGAGAAAACCAAGAUGCCCAAGCGCGGCGGCGGCGGAGGCGGCAACGGCGGCGGUGGCCAGCGGUACAACAACAACAACGUCGGCAAUGGCGGCGGCCGUUACGCCGCUCUCGAGGAUUUCGAUGAAGUGGAGGACCGCCAGCGACGCAAGGACCGCAACAAACGUCGCGUCAGCUUUAAGCCCUCGCAGUUCCCGCACAACAAGAAGGACAUCAAGCUGCGUCCCGAGGAUCUGCGCCGCUGGGACGAGGACGAUGACAUGAACGACAUGACCACUACAGUCAGGCAGGAUCGACCCACCUCGCGACGACGAGGAUCGCCCAUUCCGCGCGGCAAGUUCGGCAAACUGAUGCCCAACAGCUUUGGCUGGUACCAAGUGACGUUGCAAAAUGCACAGAUCUACGAAAAGGAGACCAUUUUGCGUGCCCUCUUGGCGGCCAUGUCGCCGCAUGCCUUCAUACCGCAGUACUGGCGAGCGGAGCGCAACUGCGUGGUCUUCUUCACCGACGACUACGAGACGGCCGAGCGCAUCCAGAAUCUGGGCAAGCACGCCCAGCUGCCCGACGGAUACAGGCUGAUGCCGCGCGUGCGCAGCGGCAUACCACUGGUGGCCAUCGACGAUGCCUUCAAGGAGGCCAUGAAGGUCGCGAUGGCCAAGCGCUAUAAUGUCCAGACCAAGGCGCUGGAUCUCUCACGCUUCCAUGCCGAUCCCGAUCUCAAGCAGAUCUUCUGCCCGCUCUUCCGGCAGAACGUGAUGAGCGCCGCCAUCGACAUUAUCUGCGACAAUAUACCCGAUCUGGAGGCCAUCAACCUGAACGAAAACAACAUGACCAGCAUGGAGGCCUUCAAAGGGGUGGAGAAGCGCAUACCGAACCUCAAGAUUCUCUAUUUGGGGGAUAACAAGAUACCAUCGCUAGCCCACCUUGUGGUCUUUCGCAAUCUGUCCAUUCUGGAGCUGGUCUUGAAGAACAAUCCCUGCCGUUCCCGCUAUAAGGACUCGCAGCAUUUUAUCAGCGAAGUACGUCGCAAGUUCCCCAAACUGAUCAAGUUGGACGGGGAGACCCUGGCGCCGCAGGUCACCUUCGAUAUAACCGAGCAGGGACGCAUUCUCGAGACGAAGGCCUCCUUCCUGUGCGACAACGCUGGCGCCGAGGUGGUGCGCCAGUUCCUGGACCAGUACUUCCGCAUCUUCGACUCGGACAACCGGCAAUCCCUGCUGGAUGCCUACCACGAGAACGCCAUGCUGUCCAUAACGAUGCCGUCGGCCAACCAGGCGGGCAGCAGGCUGAACAGCUUCUGGAAGUUCAAUCGCAACCUGCGUCGCCUGGUGAAUGGCGAGGACAACCGCACUCGCCACCUGAAGUACGGACGCCUGGCCUGCGUGUCCACGCUGGACGAAUGGCCAAAGACGAUUCACGAGCGUCGCACCUUCACCGUUGACCUGACCAUUUUCAAUACUUCCAUGAUGGUCUUCACGGUGACGGGACUGUUCAAGGAGCUGAACGGCGAGGUCAGCACGUCGUCCUCCUCCAUGUCCUCCCAGUACGAGCUGCGCCACUUUCUCCGCACCUACGUGGUGGUGCCGCAGAACACCGGCUACUGCAUCCGCAACGAGACCAUCUUCAUCACGAACGCCUCGCAGGAGCAGGUGCGUGAGUUCAAGCGCUCGCAGCACCAGCCGGCACCGGGAGCCAUGGCCAGCACCUCGAGCAGCGCCACGGCGACCAGUGCGCAGUCGCAGCCCGCGGCGACGAGUCUGCAGGGUCGUCUGAAUCCCGUUGGCGUAGCGACUGGGCCGGUGGCCAUUCUGCCAGGAGCACCGCUGGCAUCCAGCGCACCCGGUGGCAGCGGCAGUGCCGCCAUAACGGCAGGAGCCGUGGCACCCAGUGGAGCCCCGGCAGCGAGCAUGGAUGAAAGCACCAAAAUGCAGAUGAUCCAGGCCAUGAGCGCGCAAAGCCAAAUGAAUGUGCUCUGGAGCCGCAAAUGCCUGGAGGAAACGAAUUGGGACUACAACCAUGCCGCCUUCGUUUUCGAGCAGCUCUUCAAGGAGAACAAAAUACCGCCCGAGGCUUUUGUCAAGUAAAUCUCAGACAUUUGAGCCGCCCGAAGAACAGAGCCAAGUGCCACACGUAUACAAAAUCAAAUGUUUUUGUUUAUUCGUUUUUGUAUGUAAUUAAAUACUUUUAAUUAAUUUCGUUUAGAGUCACAUCUAAAUUGUAAAGAACUGGUGAAGUUGCGUGCCCAAGAGCCACAACGAUCCCAGCCUUUGAUAGGUAUCUAAAUUUAACUCGCUUUAAGUUCCGUACGCAGAAUCCCUAGCCCACUUAAAGAAUAAAACUGAGCGCCAGGAAGAUGAGUGUGCGCACGGUUUGCCCUCUUAGAAUUUAAAAUUGUUUUAUAUCCCUAAGAAACCACACGCAAAAAAAAGAAAUACACUUAAAUUCUGUAUACAACAAUGUUGUCGAAACACAACGCAAAAACAAUUAUUAUUUAACCACAAAACGUAACCCUAACCAGGCCAUCAAGUCUUUCCUGGAAGAGGCGAUGUCUGGCCGAGCAUGUGUGGCGCCCAUCCCUAGCAUCCAAUUUCGCCCAUCCCGCCUUCCCUGCCCCACAAGUAGCCUUAACUUUUGUACACAAAGACCAUCGAACGAAGACAAACACUUUGUUUGAGUGCGGCAAAUAAACAUUUACUAAUGCGGACCUUGGACUAGCAAUAACAAUGACCACUGUGUAAAUUUUGUAAUGACUCAGAAACCAACAUUACCUUUAUUCCCUAAUAGCGAAAAUAAUAACAAUUAAAGUUCACGCUUAGUCCUAAGUCCAAUUGAGUUUAAGUUUAUGUGGUAUAUAGGAUUUAUAUACAUAAUAAAAUAAGUGUAGAAUCGUAAAUAAAUUGAGGAGAAUCGAAUGAAAA